AUGAUGGCGCUUCGGCCCGGAUCAGGGGGAGGUGGCAGUUUUAUGUACCCAGUUGGAGGAGGCAUUGGACCACCUCAAGGAAUGAUGCCCAUGCAACAUCAACAACAGCAGGGCUUCCCCAUCCUCCAGGUGAUGCAGCCCAACAUGCAAGGCAUGAUGGGAAUGAAUUUUGGAGCACAGAUGCCUGGUGCCAUGCCUAUACAGGGUGGGAUGGCUAUGGGCAUGCAGACUCCUGGGAUGCAGUUCAUGGGUCAACCUCAGUUCCUGGGCAUGAGGGGCCCGGGGCCGCAGUUCCCUGUGGAUCUACAGAAACAGAUGGCAGAAGAGCAUCAAAAACGGCUAGAGCAGCAGCAGCGGAUGGUAGAGGAGGACAGGAAGAGGAGACAGUUUGAAGAACAGAAACAGAAAUUGCGUCUCCUGAGCAAUGUCAAACCCAAGACUGGAGAGAAAAGCCGUGAUGAUGCAUUAGAGGCCAUCAAAGGAAACCUAGAUGGCUUCAGUAGAGAUGCCAAGAUGCAUCCAACACCAUCUGCACAGUCUAAAAAAACAGACUCAUCGGCAUCUCAUUCAUCGGUCACCUCUCACUCCCUUCCCCCUGUUUUCCCCGAUGACGAGUUUAGUGACUUUGUGCAGGGUCCUGUCGAUACCUCUUCCUCAUUCCCCUGUUCUUCCCUCCCUCCAUCCUCUUCUUCACUGAGAGCCACUCACGCAAGCCAGUCUUUAGUGACUGUGCCCGGCCAGCACCCCCCCUCUUCCCCUAUCUCUCACUCUCUUCCUCCAUCUCUCCCCGUCUCUCCUGCCAUCCAACACUCUAAUGUCAUCUCCAGUUCCCAAACUGCACUCCAAGGCCCAUCUCUGGAGGAAAAGAUGUUCUCAUCGUGUGAGUUAACAGCUGAUAAGAAGGCCCAUGUUAGUUUUAAGCCAAAGCAUGCUCUGUCUGAGUUGGGUCCCAGAGCUCAGUUCAUAACCCAAUUUCACAGCAGCUCCAGAUCCCGAAACUGGGCCACUCAAGAUGACUUAUGUUCUGCUUUCAUCAAAGAGAUGGCACCUGAGCCUCUUCCCAUGGCUCAAGUGUCACCUGUGACGGAAACCCCGCCCGUCCAGGCCGCUAGCGCCAGCGGUGUGGGCAUCUACCCUCAACAGGACAUGCAACCCAUGGUUCCAGCCUGGUUGUACAAUGACGCCCUUAUCCCAGAGAUGUUCAAGAAGGUCCUUGAGUUCACCAUGACACCAACAGGGAUCGACACAGCCAAACUUUACCCCAUUCUGAUCUCAUCGGGCAUGCCACGGGAAGCCCUUGGCCAGAUCUGGGCCUUGGCCAACCGUACUACACCUGGCAUGCUGACCAAGGAAGAGCUGUACACCGUACUGGCCUUGAUCGGAGUUGCCCAGAAUGGUCUUACAGUCAUGAAUCUGGACAUCUUGAGUCAGUUUCCUUCCCCGCCUGUGCCCAAUCUACCGGCCAUGGCUAUGGCCAUUUCUGCUGUUCUGCCUCAGCACCAGCAGCCCAUCAUGACCCAGACGCCCAUGUCAAUGGCGACGUCCACCCCUACUGCACCUGUCAUGGGCAUGACCCCAAACCAAUCCGCUCAACCACCUGCCAGCUUCAUCACCAACUUCCCUCCAGUUCAGGCUGCCAAGGCUGAUAAUGAUGAUUUUCAGGACUUCCAGGAAGCACCCAAAGCUGGUGCCGGAGAUGACUCAUUUACAGAUUUCCAAGGAGAGACGGGGGGAGCGUUCCCCACUAUAGCGUCAUCAUCCCAGAGCGGUGUUCCUGCCAUGUUGACUCCAGUUUCUGGAUCUUCAUCCUCCUCCUCAGAUAAAUAUGCAGUGUUUAAGCAGCUGUCAGUGGAGCAAUCCACAGAGCCCACACCUCCUAUCUCAGAUUCUGGGGACAAGUACAGUGUUUUCCGAGAGUUUGAGCAUCCUUCAGGCAGAAAACCAGUUGGGGAGGGAUUUGCUGAUUUCAAAUCUGUCAGUGCCGACGAUAGCUUCACAGACUUUAAAACAGCUGACACUAUCUCUUCACUAGAUCCACCAGACCAAGCAAAGUUCCAGCCAAAUUUUGCUCCUCCUUUCACUUCCUCUAAGUCUCUACCGCUGUCCCAAUCUCAGCCAGCCUCUCUGGCUCAAACUAGAAAUCCUCUCAAUAUGGCAGACCUGGACCUCUUCACCACAAUUGCUCCUCUGGCACCCACCUCCACUACUGACUCCAUAGUAAGCCUGUUCCCCUCGGCACCUCCAUCUUUUAUCCUGCCUAAUACAGUCCCCAAACCUCCCACCAUGGCGGGUGAUGACUUUGGUGAUUAUGCUCUGUUUGGCUCCUCCUCAUCCUCAGAAGUUGCACCCACAACCUCUGCCGCGGGGAGAGGAGCUGGGGCGACCGUUCAGGAUGAAUUUGCUGACUUUAUGGCAUUCGGGAGCUCAAGAGACCAGAGAAACAAGGCCAGCUCUGGCGAGGGUGGAAGUGAGAGCCAAGGUGACGUAUCCCAGCAGUGGCAGCAAGCCAAUGCUGAUAAGUACGAUGCCUUCAAACAGCUUUCUCUGGAAGGUGGUCUGACCUAUGACGACAGCAAAGAAAGUGGCGGGGGCUCUUUCUCGUCGCUCAAGAGCGACACGGAUGACUUCGCAGAUUUCCAGUCCUCCAAAUUCUGCACUGCGCUGGGGGCGUCUGACAAGAGUCUGCUGGACAAAGUAGCCACCUUCAAGCAGACCAAAGAGGACUCUGCCUCUGUGAAGUCCCUCGACCUCCCGUCCAUCGGGGGCAGCAGCGUAGUGAAGGAGGACUCUGAAGAUGCGCUCUCAGUACAGCUGGACAUGAAGCUGUCGGACAUGGGUGGAGAUCUUAAGCAUGUGAUGUCUGAUAGCUCCUUAGAUCUCCCUGGUUUGUCAUCCCAUCAACCCCCUGCUGCAGAAGCUGAAGAUUUCAAAUUUGAUUCCUUUGGCACGUCAACUGUUAGCAGUCUGGGAAGCUAUGACUGGUCGGACAAGGAAGAUCUCUCUUGUCAAGGUAAGAAGCUCCAAGGAGGGUCCCUGUGUGGACUUCCAUCUUCUGCCGUAGUCCCCAGGAAGGAGACAUCUUGUGGAAGCUCAGAGAACAUCACCCACACCACGGUUGCCAAGAUGGCCACCUUCCCAAUCAAAGACAGCGCCACCUACACCGAGAGCAGGUUUGAAGCCUUUGCUGAAUUUAACUUUGUUGAGCAGUCUGGACAAGACAACGACGAUGACUUUGGUGACUUUGCCACUAUGGUUUCUGAGAAAUCCGACUCCCCUCCUGGUAUCACAGAAGCGGGCUCAGAGUGCAAGCAGGGUGAAAUGACAGAUGAGUUUGGAGCCUUCCAAGGAGACAAGCCCAAAUUUGGCAAGUCUGACUUCCUGAAAGCCAGUGCGCAGCCCAAAGUGAAAUCCAGUGAGGAAAUGAUCAAAAACGAGCUCGCCACCUUUGACUUGUGUGUGCAGGGUUCCCAUAAAUGUAGCCACAGUCUGGGAGAGAAAGAAAUCGGCCACUCAAUACCUUGCCCUGCCCCUGAGCAGCCCUUCAGAGACCGUUCCAACACCCUAAAUGAAAAACCAGCAUUGCCGAUCAUCCGCGACAAGUACAAGGACCUCACUGGAGAGGUGGAGGAGAGUGAGCGAUAUGCAUACGAAUGGCAGAGAUGUUUGGAGAGCGCUCUGCAGGUGAUCACCACUGCUAAUAACACCCUUAAUGGCAUCAGCAGUUCCUCAGUGUGCACCGAGGUCAUCCAAUCAGCACAAGGGAUGGAGUACCUGCUGGGUGUAGUGGAGGUGUAUCGCGUGACCAAACAUGUGGAGCUGGGUAUCAAAGCCAAUGCUGUUUGCUCCGAAAAACUACAAGAGCUGCUUAAAGACAUCAGCCGCGUAUGGAACAACCUCAUGGGCUUCAUGUCACUUGCCAACAUUACUCCCAGCGAGAGCUCCCUGGAAUUCUCCUCCUGCAUACUGAGGCACAGCAUUAAGAAUGCGAAAGAGCUGGCAUGUGGAGUGUGUCUACUCAAUGUAGACUCGCGCAGCAAGGCCUUUAACUCAGAGACGGAGAACUUCAAGCUUAUGUACGGAGGUCACCAGUACCACGCCAGCUGUGCAAAUUUCUGGAUUAACUGCAUAGAACCCAAACCACCGGGCCUUAUUCUGCCCGACUUGCUAUAGAACCUUACAGCUGUUGGGAUUACAACAGAACCGAGCCCAGUGUGGAACCCUGAGCCACAGUCUGGAGAAUCAUGGAGUCAUUCAGAACGGUCACUAUAACUGUAUCUCCCCCAAGUGUACAGCUCUUUAUACUUGAAUUUGGGAUGCAACUGUCUAGAAAAUAAUCUGCUACUUUAACUACUAGUUUAUUUAAAUAUUGGACAUAAAUUAAAUGACUUUGUACCUUUUUGUCUUUAUUUGAUCUGCCUCUGUCAUUUGGGAUGCACUUAAGUGUCUGGUUGGAUUUUGAUUCUUUGCUGAUUUCUCUACCAUGUGAAGUAAAUACUGCGCAGAUGUGUUAUGAAAAACAGAAUUGUAAUAUAAAAUUAGCUAUGCACCGAUCUGUUACCUGGACCUGUAUCAUCAUUCCGAUGAAUGGAUCGGGUAUCGGUCUGACGAGCCCGAUCCAAAUCCGAUACUGUGUGUUAGUCAUGUUCGUUACUGUCAAGCUCCAAAAAUGACAUAAAAGAACCAUAAAAACACCAACAGAGUUCUUCAUGUGACUCUUGCAUUUUAUUCAAAGCCACUUGAAGACAUGUGAUAGCUCUGUGAAUCGCAAUAGGCUGUGUUUAAGUAAAUAGUAUUUUAUAUAAAUAUAGUAUGCACGCACAGUGCUAGCACGUUAUUGGGUGGUGCUGCUCUGACUCGCACAUAAGCACAGGCAGCCCUGGGAGAUUCACUCGUGGCUAUUUUUAGCCUUCACUAAAUUUGAGCGCUACUCACGAACAACAUCUCUGAUGUAGAUGCUCUAGUUCGGUUCACUUAUAAUAUGCAUUUCGAACGGCAAUGUAGUUGCAUUUUUACCAGAAUUUGAAUAAGAAGUGAAUUUAACUACUGUGAACUUGCUUACAAACACACACAUACAACACAUCCUGGAGAGUUCAGAAUGUCAAAAUAAAAGCACGAGGGUUUAAAAAGUGCACUAUUUAAAUAUAUUACUGUUGUAUUUAAAAGUCAAUCAUAAAAAUAUUAAUAACAAAUUGUUAUUAUUAUUAUUGUCAAUUAAUAUUGGUUUACAAUUUAGAACAAUAUUUAAUUUGAAUGGGUUCCAAAAAAUAACUGUGUGAAUGAAAAGUGGACUGAUGUCUUACAACUAAAUUGGAAAAAAAAGGAGAAAAAAGGCAAAAAUAUGGUGGUUCUUUUGAAGACUUGAAUUGCUGUUAAUUUUGCUGCUACAUUAUCCAGUAUACUAGUUAAUAAUAAAGUGUUUCUUAAUAAGCUAUACAUUUAUAUUCAAAUAAUGUAUAGAUAGAGGUUUGUGUUUCUUUACAUAUUAAAGUGUACUCUCAAUUAGUUCCACACAAUAAUGUAAAGAUAUUUAAACUGAAAAAAAAACUUUGGUAUCGGCCUGGUAUCGGCCAAUACUGAGAUUUCCAAUAUCGGAAUUGGAUCAGAAGUGAAAAAGUUGUAUCGGUGCAGCCCUAUAGAAAAUGCACAAAAAAAUAAAGGUAGCGCAUCAACAAAACUGUAGCAGAUAUUAAUAAAAUGCAUAUAGACCAGUUAAGUUAUUGAAACUGAAUAAUUUUGACUUGUUCCUGUGGAAAAACAGACCAGAUGUGCUGAUGAAAAUCCACUUACAAUGAAAGUCUAUGGGGCAAUUGUUUUCCUAUAGACAUCCAAUAUAAGUCUUUAACUGUCAAUGCAUUGUUUGAUUUUACAAAAAAAAAUAAAAUAUAUAUAUAUAUUGUUUGUACUUGUCCAAAAACAUGACUUAAAUGUAUAUUUGAAUUUUUUCAAGAAAUAUGUUAAAUUUGUAAUUUCUGUAAGAGCGUGUAUUUUUUUAAUACACAUGGAAGAGAGCUGGAGAAAAACAUGUAGAUACUGGUAUGUUUUUCUCUUUUAUUGCUUCAUUAUUUGUGUUAUCUUUGUGCUGGAACACAUCACUUUGAUUGUGGGUCUGGAAGAAGUCUGUUUGUAAUUUAAGUGAUUUCUGAGAAACUGGAAGCAGUGGUAUUUACUAUUUGGAAUUCAGUGUGUUGUAAUGCUCCUGAAUGACUUUGUUUUUUGAUUUAUAUGAAAAUGUGGUUUUGCAAAUUGGUCUUGCAAGAUCAACCCUAAUCUCACUGAGUUCAUUUGUUUUCAAUAUUCAACGGCUUGGAACUAUUGUAUUACACUUGUUCUGAAUAGGCAACAGUACAUGAUAUUGUGUUUUACUGGCUAUAGCCUACUAAUAACUUAACACCAUAAAGAAACAGUUUUCUGAAACCUGUAUGACUUGGUUUUUUCUGUGGAACAUAAAAUGAGUUAUUGGUGACAGAAUGUCUACGCUGUUUUUUUUUUUUCUCCAUACAAUGAAAGCAAAUGAUGACCACUGCUGUCA